AGCUGCCACCAGCUUACCGAACCGGCCGCCCACUGGGUGGGAAAAUUUUGCAGCAUGGAGCGUCAUUUGCUGCCGCUUUUGUACAUCUUGCCAUGGGCCUACACCUUUUGCGCAGCUUUUCGCAUCGAGGAUCAUCUUGAAGAGAUGGGGAUGCAGGAGCUGCUGGACCUUCGGUAUUCCCUUUUGCAGUCACAUUUCCUUAGGAGCAGGCGAUCGGUGGACAACUGGUCGCAAAAUGAUGAGAAAACCUUUGCUCUGGAGGAAGUGCGAAAAGCUUGGUAUAUCCAUGAGAUUAAAGAGAGACUGGACUUGGGAGAUGUCAAAGAGGAUCUGCUGAGUCAGUUGAGUUCGCUGCAACAGCAGUGUCCUGAUGCCGAGGAGAUUCAGUCCCAGCUGAGUGAUCUCUGGGAGGAGGUGGGCCGAUGGGUCAAGGCUGAUGACUUGAGACUAGCCAUGGAGAGGGAGCAGAAAAGCAUCCACAAUGAGGAGGCACGAAUGAACUUAGAUGUUGAGGCAACCAAACAGAAAAUCAAGGAUUUAGAGGGCCAAAGUGCCAAUGCGACGAAGGUCUUCAACAAGGAUCAGGAAAGCAGGUUGUUUGAGAUUGUGAAUGUAGCUCAAAGAUUGCAAGAGCUCAAAAAGCUCAUUUCCAAUGCAGUGCAUUCCGACGAUGUGCGGGAAUUGCAGGAACAGUUCGAUCCGUUACAGAAGGCCUACAAGGAUCUCACAAAAGACCUGAGCGAUAGUCAGCUCCAACAAGCCUUCCAUGUAGUGGACCUGAGAAAGCAGAUCGAAGCGGUCAAGAAGAAUCUGUCGAAGGAACACAUCGACAAUGAAUUGAAGAGCCGAACGCAGAUGGCAGAGUCCAGGUAUAACGCGUUGAAACGUCAGCUGGAAACUGCCAAGAAGGAGAUCGAUUUGAGUGCCAUGGAGAAGCAGAUCAUGUCGGUUUGGGAGAAAUCUCUUCAUGACUUGCCCGACAUGGCAGAGCUGCGCAACGCCUCGCAGCUCAAGGAGGCGCAAGCGCAACCAUUUCCGCGCGCUUGGGGAUGACACAGCAAGUUGGAAAAAA